AUGCAGCGGAAUUUUUCUUGGAGCAACAAACUUUCCCAGGACAGUUUCCAAAUCAUAGACUUGAUAAACAGCGAGAAAUUUCUCGAUGUGAAAAAAGAAGAGCUCGACAUUUCCGAUGUCGACGAGUUCGUCGAAGAAGACGAAGACUGUGUCGAUGAUGCAUUUGAAGAGGUAGAUAUCGAGGGCACUGUUUACACUAUCGAGGAUAGUGACGAAGAAGAAAAGUUAGUGACAGCGGACGAAUCGAUGUCCCCCGCGAGAAAAAAAGCAAAAGGCGAGGGUUUUCACUGCAAUUCUUGUGAUUUGACUUUCUCAUCCGAGGCCGAGUUACAGGAGCACAGCGAGACGCACGACAAACCUGGCUUUAUUCCACCGCGUCAGUACCAAGGCUACAGACGGGACAAGUACGGGAUUUAUUCGUGCGAUUCUUGCUUCUUCGAGAGUCCUGGAAUAAUGGCGAUGAAGUUGCAUCUUAGCCGUAAACACGACAAUUUCGUUGACCCCGACGAGCAAGGCUCGAAUUUCUCUGAUCUCUGGGACUCGAACGAAGCCAGCAGAGACGGAUUGAGACUAUCCGGAUCGGACGACGAAGAUGCCAGUCGGGAUAACAGUAACUUGCCAGAAGUCGCUGGAAAUUCGCGUGGGAAAAAUAAAGCAGCCGCCGCCGCCGCCGCCGCCGCCGAAUCAGGCGAUGAUUACGACAAGAUGCACGACGGCUUCCCGAGGACGAGAACGGAGUACCGCUGUCAGUAUUGCGAUUUCAGGUCGAUAUCGCGCGCCGCGAUGGCCACGCACUUGUUGAAGGAGCACAGCGACGACUGGAACGCCGCUGUCGCUCUGCGCCAGCAGGAGGUGCGUGAAUUCACUCAAGGCAACAACGAAAAAAUCAUGGCCUGUCUGUAUUGUCCAUUCGCGGCCACAAGCAGGUCGACGCUGGCAGCGCACACGAGACGCAAGCAUCAGGGCUUCUUGCAGGCCUAUCAGGUCGAGCCCAAGAGCCGCCAGUUCAAAGCCAAGGUCGAUCUGAAGUGCGACAAGUGCGACUUCGUGACACAGUGCAAGCACAAGCUCGCCACCCACGUCGGCAGGAAGCACACGACCGAGCUCAACUUUCCCUGCAGUUACUGCGGCAAGCGCUUCAAGAUGAAGGUGGACGUGACCGCGCACAUCAAGAUGCAGCACGAGCAGACGCCCCACAUAUGCGACGUCUGCGGCAAGGUCGUCGGUAGCGCCAACGCGCUCCACAUACACCAGAAGCGCGAGCACUUUCAGCCCGAGUUUCAGUGUCACCUGUGCAGGCGGCGCAUGGUCAGCCAGGAGAAUCUCGACGAUCACAUGGUCAGGCAGCACAUGAACGCGCCCAAGUACCAGUGCGAGCAGUGCGGCAAGAUAUUCGGCCAGCCCUGCAAGCUCAAGCAGCACAUGAGGACGCAUACGGGGGAGCGUCCGCACACCUGUCACAAGUGCGGCAAGUCCUUCGCCAGGAGGUCCGUUUUUCGCCAGCACAUGCUCAUUCACACGGGCCAGAGGCCCUACGUAUGCGACAUUUGCGGCAAGUCCUUCACGCAGAAGCCCGGAUUGAUAUGCCACAGGAAGAGCCAUCCGGGCGAGAAGCCACCGUUGCCGGUCGUCUACAUCGACAGCAUACUCACGGAUUUCGUCAACAACGAUUUGAACGAUGACAAGCAGCCGGAAGAGAUCAUCGAGGAGACCGUCAACUUCGACGAUUGUCUGAUGGAAGAUUAA